AAUUACCUGCCAGUUAACAAACGUACUCCAGAAAACUUCGCCAAACAUUUCAACGAUGUAGGACUUGACAAGCUGGUAGCUUUCAUGAGAAUUCAGCGAAAUGUUGAGUGCAAAAAAGAACUUCAAAAUGAAGUGUCUGAAAUGAUUCGUAAUCAAGACUCCGUCAGAGAGAUUGGUGUUCAUUGUAAAGAACAGAUGAAACUGAACAAUUUAGAAGAAUUUGAAGUGACUGUUCUGUUAUGGAGAAGUUUGAUGGAUGCCGUUGAGUGGAAUAAGAAAGAAGAUUUAGUGGCAGAACAAGCACUGCGACAUCUCAAUACCUAUUCACCACUACUUGCUGAAUUUACAAGCCAGGGGAAAUCAGAAACAGCACUGAUAUUAAAAAUUCAGGAUUAUUGUUACGAUAAUAUGAAUUUUAUGAAAGUUUUUCAGAAGAUUAUUAUACUGCUCUACAAAUCUGAUGUAUUAUCAGAAGACGUGAUCCUGAAAUGGUAUCGUGAAGAUCACCUCGCCAAAGGAAAGAGUGUCUUCUUACAACAGUUACAGAAAUUUGUGGAAUGGUUACAGAAUGCAGAAGAAGAAUCUUCUGACGAGGAAGACUCGUAAAUAUUUUGUAACCUUGGCGACCACUGUCUAUGGAUGCAAACUGUUCCAGAUAGCCGGAAAACCGGAGGGUGCAACAAUUUAACCAAGUCGUCACAACCUUAUUAGUAUAUAUUAUUAAAAAAAAAUUGAAAGCUAA